CGGCCCGGCCCCGCCCGAUGUCCAUGAGCGCGAACACCAUGAUCUUCAUGAUUCUGGGGGCGUCGAUCGUGAUGGCCAUCGCGUGCUUGAUGGACAUGAACGCGCUGCUGGACCGAUUCCACAACUACAUCCUCCCGCACCUGCGGGGCGAGGACCGCGUCUGCCACUGCAACUGUGGCCGGCACCACAUCCACUACGUGAUCCCGUACGACGGGGACCAGUCGGUGGUGGACGCCUCCGAGAACUACUUCGUGACGGACAACGUCACCAAGCAGGAGAUCGACCUCAUGCUGGGGCUGCUGCUCGGCUUCUGCAUCAGCUGGUUCCUGGUGUGGAUGGACGGCGUCCUGCACUGCGCGGUGCGCGCCUGGAGGGCCGGCCGGCGCUACGAUGGCUCGUGGACCUGGCUGCCCAAGCUGUGCAACCUGCGGGAGCUGGGCCGGCGGCCGCACAGGCCCUUCGAGGAGGCGGCCGGGAACAUGGUGCACGUGAAGCAGAAACUCUACCACAACGGCCACCCGAGCCCGCGGCACCUUUAG